GCACAUUAUAAAAAAAUAUUUUGUGAAGAUAGUAUAGAUGUGUUUGAUACUUUUUUGGAAUCUGGUAAUCUUUCUGAAUUGAUAACUAUUAAAGACGCAAUUGAUUUUGUUGCUACUGCUUGGGAUAAACUUGACCAAAAUAAUGAAUCCAAUAUUACUAAUGAGUAUGUAAUUGCUGAUAAUAAUCUGAUUACUACUGAAAUGCCUAAUAAUAAAGAGAUAAUCAAGGCUAUAAAGAAUCGAGAAUGUAUUGAACUAGAAGAAGAUGAAGUCACAAGUAAACCAAUAUCUUUCACGCAAGAUUUAGAGUUUAUCAAUGGGAUCUUAUUAUUUCUCAAGCAGCAAUCGAAUAGAGCCUUUCAAGUAAAUGAAUCUCUUAUUCAAAAUUUAAAAAGAUUAAAAAAAGAUGUAAAUUUGAAACAUACUGCUUCAAGUUGA